GAGGGGUCGGUCGGCGAGGGCUGCCCCUUCCUGCGGAUGCGGGGCCGGCGUGGGCCGGAGCCGGCCCCCCGCGAUCGGACCGACCACUGUCGAGCUGCAGCUCAGACUGUCAGCCUGCAUGAGCACGACCUCCGUCUUGUUUCUCUGAGAUCUACAACAGCAAAGACAGACCGAUGGAAUCCAGCCUUAUCUCAGGCUUCAACUUCCCUGAUCUCUUGCUCCCUGCUACCGCGACCUGACAACACCCAACUCGAGCCAGACACCCGCCAUGCCACCAUUCACAGUCCUUUCAGACACAGACGUGCAGUCCAUCCUGCACGGUCUCACACCUGCAGAAGCCCAGUCGCUUGCCACGGUUCUCGAAGACGCCUUCAUCGAGUACUCGUGCCAUGGCGACGCGCAGCAUCAACCGCAUCGCAGUGUCACGACGCGGCCCAUCGCCGCCCACCCUGAUGAGUCUACAACCUCCCCCAGCACCAGCACCACCACCAGCAGCGCGACGAGCCUAUUCAUGCCCGCCACGACACCGCGACAUCUGGGCGUCAAGAUCGUGGGCAUCGCCGCCACCGCCUCGGAAAGCAGCAGCAGUAGCGCCAAAAGCACCCAGAGAGACGACAGCACGCAACAGCAGACCAAGAAACCGCCCCCUCCGGGCCUGAAGAGCAUCCUCACCCUCUGCACCGCCACCGGCCAGCCCCUGGGCGUGCUCAACGCCGCAGAACUCACGGGCUUCCGCACCGCGCUCGGGUCCAUGCUGCUGUACCGCCUGCGCCGGAACACGCAGAAAGUAGUGGUGUUUGGCGCCGGCAAGCAGGCAGAGUGGCAUAUCCGCCUUGCUGUGCUGCUCCGAGGCGCAGAUAUCCAGGAGAUUGUGAUUGUGAACGGGAACAAGGACAGGGCGAAGGGUUUGGUUGAUAAGUUGACCGGUGGCGGGGGAAAGUGGCCAGAGGGGAUCGCGCUCAGGGUAUUCCGCCCCAACAGUGAUGGUAGCGGCGGCGAUGGGGGCGACGGGCUGGAGGAUCUCGUGGUCGAUGCGGAUGUCCUGUUCUUCACGACCCCGUCCAAGACCCCGCUGUUCCCUGCCAGAUACCUGCUCUCCGACCGCGCCCGGCAAAAGACACGGUACUUUGGCGCCAUCGGGUCCUACCAGCUCGACAUGGCCGAGAUCGACCCGGAGCUCAUCGCCGCGGUCGGGGGGGAGCAAGGUCUGGAUGCGCCGUUCGCGUCGCAGGUGUGGCAAGGGCAGAUUGUGGUGGAUAGCCGCGAGGCAUGCGUGCACGAGGCGGGCGAGUUUGUCAAGUCUGGCCUGAGUCCGGAGAAGUGGCUUGAUGUCGGCCAGGUCGUUACGAACCUGAGAGCUGGUGGGGGGUUUGGAGACCACCAGGCGAUGAGCACGUGGCUUGAAGAUGGGUUUGUGAUUUACAAGAGUGUCGGUGUUGGGAUCAUGGAUGUCGCGAUUGGGAGUGAGCUACUGGGGCUGGCACAGAAGAAGGUCGUCGGGACGACUAUCGAGAGUUUCUAGGUGUCACAUAGCUCCCUGAGGGUGCCUCUCUGUGCCAUGUAGUAUGCUAGAAAAUUCAUGAAAUGGUAUGUUUUGUGGUGGUUGCCAGUCUUUUUACCCCAAAACAGGAGCC